GGGGGAUCCGCGCUACUGGAACGGCCUCUGUGGGACUCUGACUGGGAACGUUACCAUUUUUUCUCCCGUCCGCGGAUUGGCUCCCCGCGGUCACGUGGAAUUGGAAUCCUGAGUUGUGGCUUUUGGCACUCCUUUUUCUUUUUAAAAAUCGCUUGGUCUGUUGAGUUCUCCUGGGCUUGGUUGCCUCUGGACUGAGACUGGAGACUGACGGAAACUGCCCCCGGGCAGGCUGAGGUGGCAGUAGACAAUCUGCUGGGAUGUUCACUCAGGUGCCCCGGACCCCAGCUUCAAGCUGCUACUUUCUAAAUUCCAUGACACCUGAGGGCCAGGAGAUGUACUUGCGAUUUGAUCAGACUGCAAGACGCUCUCCUUACAGGAUGAGCCGGAUUCUAGCACGUCAGCAGCUAGUGACUAAAAUCCAACAAGAAAUUGAGGCAAAGGAGGCAUGUGACUGGCUCCGGGCUGCUGGUUUCCCACAGUACGCUCAGCUCUAUGAGGACUCACAGUUUCCCAUCAACAUUGUGGCUGUCAAGAAUGAUCAUGAUUUUCUUGAAAAGGACCUUGUAGAACCCCUUUGCAGACGACUGAACACGUUGAACAAGUGUGCCUCCAUGAAACUUGAUGUGAACAUCCAAAGGAAGAAGGGUGAAGACUCGGAUGAGGAAGAUCUCUGCAUCAGCAACAAAUGGACUUUCCAAAGAACCAGCCGCAGGUGGUCUCGCGUGGACGACCUCCACACCCUGUUCCCCGGAGGGGACAGAAAUGGGUCACUGGGAGGCCAGAGGAUGAGAAACACCACCAGCAGUGAGAGUGUCCUCACCGACCUGAGUGAGCCUGAAGUCUGCUCCAUCCACAGCGAGAGCAGCGGAGGCAGUGAGGGCCGCAGCCAGUCAGGCCAGUGUGGGGCUGACAGCCCGGUCAUGCUGGAAGCCACACUGGCCAGCAACAACCUCCCACAGUUGCCCCGAGAGGUCCUAAGCCACCCUUUCCAUGCCAGGAAUGAGAAACCUAGCAGGGCCAGAGCCAAGUCAUUCUUGAAACGCAUGGAAACGCUGCGCUCGAAGGGAUCGCACGCAAGGCUUAAGGGGACAGGACGGACAGGUGGCCUGGUCAUCAGCGGGCCUAUACUACAACAGGAGCCAGAUUCCUUUAAGGCCAUGCAGUGCAUUCAGAUCCCAAAUGGACAUCUCCAAACCUCACCCCCCACUGCCUGCCAAAGAGGACUUCCAUGCUCUGGUAAAUCAAGCGACGACAGCAGCCCCUCAGAAAACAGUAGCAGUGGGGUGAGCACUCCCUGCCUGAAGGAGCGGAAAUGCCACCACGAGGCCACCAAGCGUGGGGGCAUGUACCUGGAGGACUUGGAUGUGCUGGUGGGAACAGCACUGCGGGAGGCAGAGGACCAAAAUCACAGCCAUGGCUUUCACUCCCAAGAGAACUUGCUGGUGCAUAUUCCCAAGGAUCACAAACCAGGAACGUUCCCCAAGGCACUGUCCAUCGAGAGCCUCUCACCCACAGACAAUAGCAAUGGGGUUAACUGGAGGACCGGAAGCAUCUCCUUGGGCAGACAGCAGGACUCAGGGGCCAGAGAGCAGAGGCUCAUGGCACCCUGCCACAGAGCAAGCCGAGUCAGUAUCUAUGACAACGUCCCUGGCUCCCAUUUGUAUGCAAGCACAGGGGACCUGCUGGACUUAGAGAAAGAUGACCUCUUCCCUCACUUGGAUGACAUCCUACAGCAUGUCAGUGGGCUCCAGGAGGUGGUAGAUGAUUGGUCCAAGAAUGUCUUGCCUGAACUGCAAACUCAGGAUGCACUGGCUGGGGAGCCUGGCCUAUUGCCCUUCCCCUCUCCUAACCAGAUCACUUUGGACUUUGAAGGAAACUCAGUCUCAGAGGGCCGGACAACACCCAGUGAUGUAGAGAGAGAUGGUGCAUCUCUGAAUGACACUGAGGUCCCUGGGGUCAGAGAAAGGAGGGACUCUGGUGUGGGAGCUUCUCUGACCAGGCCAAACAGGCGACUCCGAUGGAACAGCUUCCAGCUCUCACACCAGCCCCAGCCCUCACCGGCAUCGCCCCACAUAAGCAACCAGACGGCUGGCCAGCUGAACCUGCUCCAGCGCUUCUCCCUGCUUCGCCUCACGGCCAUCAUGGAGAAGCACUCCAUGUCCAACAAGCACGGCUGGACAUGGUGCGUAGCACGUUCCAGAGAGGGGAUCGUUUAUCCUAGAGCUAAGUCAGUUCCAAAGUUCAUGAAGAGGAUGAAAGUUCCUGAUUACAAAGACAGGGCUGUUUUUGGCGUUCCUCUCAUAGUCCACGUCCAGAGGACAGGACAGCCCCUGCCCCAGAGUAUCCAGCAAGCACUAAGAUACCUGCGCAGCAACUGCCUGGACCAGGUGGGUCUUUUUCGCAAAUCCGGAGUUAAGUCUCGAAUCCAUGCCCUGCGACAAAUGAACGAGAACUUCCCUGGACACGUCAACUAUGAAGACCAGUCUGCGUAUGAUGUGGCAGAUAUGGUGAAACAGUUCUUCCGGGACCUCCCAGAGCCCCUUUUCACCAACAAGCUCAGUGAGACCUUCCUCCACAUUUACCAAUAUGUCCCCAAAGAGCAGCGGCUGCAGGCGGUGCAAGCCGCCAUCCUGCUCCUGGCCGACGAGAACAGGGAGGUGCUGCAGACGCUCCUGUGUUUCCUGAAUGACGUGGUCAACUUGGUGGAAGAGAACCAGAUGACGCCCAUGAACCUGGCUGUGUGCCUGGCCCCCUCCCUCUUUCAUCUUAACCUACUGAAGAAAGAAAGCUCUCCCAGAGUCAUCCAGAAGAAAUAUGCCACCGGGAAGCCAGAUCAAAAGGACCUCAAUGAGAACCUGGCUGCCGCCCAGGGUCUGGCCCACAUGAUCAUGGAAUGUGACAGACUUUUUGAGGUGCCACAUGAGAUGGUGGCCCAGUCUCGUAAAUCCUAUAUGGAGGCCGAGAUCAAUGCACCAACCCUGGAAGACUUGGGCACGCAACUGGAGGAAAGUGGAGCAACGUUCCACACUUACCUGGAACACCUCGUCCAUGGCCUCCAGAAAGAAGCCAAGGAGAAGUUCAAAGGCUGGGUCACGUGCUCCAGCACUGAUAACACAGAUCUUGCCUUCAAAAAGGUCGGGGACGGAAACCCACUGAGGUUGUGGAAGGCCGCAGUGGAGGUGGAGGCGCCACCCUCAGUGGUGUUGCAUCGUGUGCUGAGAGAACGACACCUGUGGGAUGAGGACUUUGUGCAGUGGAAGGUGGUGGAGACCCUGGAUAGGCAAACAGAGAUCUAUCAGUACGUGGUGAACAGCAUGCCCCCACACCCUUCCAGAGACUUCGUGGUUCUCAGGACCUGGAAGACUGAUUUGCCCAAAGGAAUGUGCACUCUGGUGUCCCUGUCUGUGGAACACGAAGAAGCCCAGCUCAUGGGCGGGGUGCGGGCUGUGGUGAUGGAGUCUCAGUACUUGAUAGAACCCUGUGGCUCCGGCAAGUCGCGGCUGACCCACAUCUGCAGGAUAGACCUGAAAGGUCACUCCCCAGAAUGGUACAGCAAAGGCUUCGGACACUUGUGUGCAGCGGAAGUAGCCAGAAUCAGGAACUCUUUUCAGCCCCUCAUUGCUGAGGGUCCAGAAACAAAAAUCUGAGUUUUCCCAGCGUGACAUUAAACUCAGGGAAGAGGAAGAGAAAACAAAUGGUCAUGACGGAGAGUGUGCGCAUGAGAAAGCCAGAGAGAGCAAGUGGCUGACCGACAUGGUGUUGCUUAAGAAGGGAAGCAGUGAAAAGCAGUCGGCAUGACGAGGACACAAGAAUUUCGAAAGGAACUUUUCUGGCCUUCCUGGAGAUGGCUACAUCCAUAUUAAUAGAAUAUUUUUAAAUACUAGAGCAUUUAUCUAUAUUACUUAAAAUCCAGUGGACUAUUCCUUGUGCAUUGCCUAAUUUUCUAUUUAAAGGCUUCUAAGAAGCAUAUACUGCAUUGUAAAUAAAUGUAUGUGUAACAUUUGUAUAUAUACAUGUGUAUAUCUCCAUCUUUGCUGUAAAUAUGUAAAAUACUCAUUUUAUAUAUGACUGUUUUGAAACAGAAUGUCUGACUCGGUGAGUCCUUUCCUCACAUAGCUCUUCCCAAGUUCCUCUGGGCCCCAUCUCCCUGUUGUCCUAGAAGCUGAGCAGAACCUGCUGCUAACGCCAAAGUGUGAGAAUGUGUCGUCCAACAGUCUGCCAUGAUGUCUAACCAAAGAUCAGCUAACCAAAGGGAAAUACCGUUUAAAAGGUUCUGAUGCCUUGUCGAUUUACUCCUGCCAACCAAGCACUGAGAGUGAAACGUUGGGAUGGAGUGAGGGAAAGAACUUACUUCUUUAAUGCAAAGCAAUGAUGAAAAGUCAUUACCAAAUUGAAGUGGCGAUGGCCAACUGGCACUGGGCCCCCCCAGAUGUGAUUUCAAUGAGAUGUCAGACACUGAGGGACCACUGUGGGUCGUCCCAGUGACUGAGGCACUACCCUGACCCAACUAGAAGUGAGCAGAUCACCCUUCACAGCUUCACGGCAAUGACGAUCUCUGCAUGGUCUCAAGUUUCCAUAGAGACAAGGGUACUUCAAAAAGUUCAAGAGAAAGGAGAGUUGAAAGAUAAUGCACAUUUCCACAAGUGUUUUGAAGUAGCCUCCUAUAUUUUAUAAUGGUGUUAAAUGUUAUUCUCUUUGACCAGUGGCCUUCAUGGGCACAGUUCAUUGGCAUUUUCUUACCAAUUUUUUAUUGCACUGAAUUUAACUCUGGACACAGACAAAGGGAGGUGAUGAUUGUUCAAGAGUCCUAGAUCAUCAUAGCUUCAGGGAACUCAUAUUUUUUUCUGUAUGAUGCUCUUAAAAUAGAACUCAGUACAGUUCUGCAAUCUAAAAGAUAUUUAAUUAGUAUAAGACCAAAGCUAUGUUCGUUAGUUUUAGAAAAUAUAAACACGUUUAUUAAUUUCAUAUUUCUUCAUUAGCCUGCUCAAACUACCUAUGCAUCUGACCCAAUCUUAUUUAUUAUUAUAAAGGAUGGACAAGUUGACUCUCCUGAACCAGUUGUGAAUGGAUUUGUUUUUAUUGUAGUUCAACAACUGUAAAAGAAAGAUAACUUAUUGUGUUUGGUUUCAGGGAGAGAGAUAUUCUUUGGUUGUCUGUGACAGAGAUGAAUCUCUCUGAUGUUAGAAAACAAAAAAGAAACAGUUUAAAUGAAUGGCUUCAGUUUGUUUCUGUAUUAUUUCAUUUAUGUAACGUUUUCUCUUAUCAGCAAUUAUUUUAUUGAAAUAAUGUGCAAUUAUUUUAUUGAAAGGAAUAAAAAUGCUACAUAUGA